AUGUCGGGCGUGCUCCAGUCUGCGCAAUGGCUGUACGCCGAGUUCGGCGCUCGCUCCAUGGUCGCCGCCGGCCCCGAUGCGUGGCUCAUUGUGCUCAGCCGGACUUGCCGCAUGUUUGCCUUUGGCGCCAUCUCCCUCAUCUUUGCCCUUUUCCUCUCCGCGCUCAACUACUCCGAUGCGCGCAUCGGGCUCUUCAUGUCGACGACGAUGGCCGGCGACGUGGUGCUGGGGCUGCUCGUCACUCUCAUCGCGGACCGGUUUGGACGCCGAAGAGUGCUGCUUGGUGGGUCAGUCCUUAUGAUCUUUUCUGGACUGGUCUUUGUUGCGUUUGAAAACUACUGGGUGUUGCUGCUCGCGGCCGUGGUCGGCGUCGUGAGCGCCACUGGUGGUGACUUUGGGCCGUUUCGAUCGGUCGAGGAAUCAACGCUCUCGCAUCUCACUUCUUCUUCUAUUCGCGCCGACGUGUUGUCGUGGUAUGUUACCUCGUCCUCACUGGGGUCCGCGGUCGGUACCGAGAUCUCCGGCCGCAUCAUCAAGGCGAUCAAAGGGACGAACUCGAUUACAGCCGCCUACCACGCCAUGUUCUGGGUAUAUGUGGCCGCAGGGGCAAUUUGCGCUGCCGCGGCAGGCUUGAUGAGCAAAAGGUCCGAGAUUUAUACAGAAAAACAGGAAGAAAGCUCCACGUCGCAAGCAGCGGAGCCGUUGCUUGAAUUGCCGGCGACGCGGCCCUCGGACGUGGACAAUGACGAGAGCGGGCGUGACCAGGAGGACCUGCGUGCCGCGUACGCUCAAGCAUCUCCUGGCCAGAAAUCACGACUCCAAAGGGUAUGGAGAAAGGGACUCCAGCUAGGGCACGUCUCGCCAGAGUCGCGAGGCGUGGUGGUCAAGCUGUGGAUCCUGCUCACAAUCGACUCCUUGGCCGACGGCAUGGUUUCCUACGGCCUGACCAACUACUAUCUCGCGCGCAAAUUCGACCUCUCCGAGUCCUACCUGGGCGACAUCAUGUCCAUCUGCUACCUGCUGGCCGCCAUAUCGACCAUCUUUGCCGGGCCGCUCGCGCGCCGGCUCGGCCUCAUCAACACCAUGGUCUUUACGCACCUGCCCUCCUCCGUGGCCGUCUUGCUGUUCCCCAUCCCGCAGAGCGUGUGGAUGACCAUCGCGCUCCUGUUCGUCCGCACCGGCCUGAACAACAUGGACCAGGCGCCGCGCGCGGCGUUCAUCGCCGCCGUGGUGAAGCCCGCCGAGCGCACGGCCGUCAUGGGCAUCACGAGCACGCUGCGCACGCUGGCCGCGACGGUCGGGCCCAGCUUGACCGGCUUCUUGGCGGACAGCAACGGGUUCUGGAUCGCGUAUGUGGUGGCCGGGCUGCUGCGGAUCGGAUACGAUGUCGGCCUGUUUUACAUGUUUGUUGGUAUAGAUGUCAGUGGCGACCAGGAGGUGGACAAGACCGAUGCAGCUUCCGAAGUCGAAUCGGACAGGGAUGACAAUGUCGAAGCAGAGCAGCCGCAGCGGCGGGGAGUGUAA